AUGGCGACGUUCGUUGGACCCAAGGCCUUGCCAGAGCGCGUCGACGAGCUACGUGAGUCUCUCGCUGAGAUACGCGCACGGGUGCAGCAGGCAAGUGCGAGUGGCGGACGGCAGCCAACGCUUGUCGCAGUGUCAAAGUACAAGCCCGCAUCGGAUGUGCUCGCCAUCUAUGAAGAUGGGCAGCUAGACUUUGGUGAAAACUAUGUGCAGGAGCUGGUUGAGAAAGCUGAGCAGCUGCCCUCAGAUAUCCGAUGGCACUUCAUCGGUACCCUCCAGUCUAACAAGGCGAAGACGCUAGCUCACAUCCCGAACCUCUACGCCAUCCAGACAAUUACCUCCACCAAGGCCGCUACAGCGCUCAACAAGGCCCUCCCCGAGGAACGCACUGCUCCUUUGAACGUCCUUCUCCAGGUAAAUACCUCCGGCGAGGACAACAAGUCCGGCGUCCCCUCACUUUCCUCCGAGUCUCCUCCCGACGCAGAGCUUGUGCGGCUCGCGCUGCACAUCAUCAAAGAGUGCCCUCGCCUCCAUCUGCAAGGCCUCAUGACGAUCGGGUCGCUGACUGAGUCGCUUGCAUCGUCCGCGAAGCCGAACUUUGAUUUCCUGACGCUGGUUAGCACGCGGGACACACUUCAGGAGGCGUUGGCUAAGGCCGGGUUCCCUGCUGAGGGAGGGAGGUGGGGAGAAGGCGGCAAACUGUUGCUGAGCAUGGGGAUGUCGAGUGAUUUCGAGGCGGCACUCAAGACGGGGAGCGAUAUUGUACGGGUGGGAACAGGGAUCUUUGGAUCGAGGCCGAAGAAAGAAGACGUUAAGCCUAGCUGA